AUGUAUUCAUAUCCUAAGUACGGUAGUAAAGGUACAAGCUCCAGUUCUGGCUCUACUGGGGCUCAAAAGUCCAGAGAGAGAAAGGUUGCUCCUCAAGUAGUUGUCAAGACAGAGGAUCCAGGGGCACCAUUUCGUAAAGCUUCCUCAUAUGAAAUGGACUAUUCGAAUCACUAUAUUCACACAGGGCAUUAUCCGACCCAGGUGAUUAGAAAUGUAAAUUUUCAGACUGAUGGCUAUCCUAAAUUACAAAAAUUGAAAGAUUUGAAGGAGGCUCAAGUGGAACGUCAUGCUACGAAACCAUUUGGCGCAAAAGUACAGACUGACCAGAUGAUUUCUGUACUUAACAAGUGGGCUUCUCAAGGACUUCAAUUUGAUGUGAUUAUGAUCGGCGCGUUAGUGGAAAAUCAAUUUAUAGUCGAGAUUCUCAACCUGUUGCCUUUGUUCAAAUUGUGCGCUAAGCCAGGCUUUGUCUUCAUUUGGGCUACGACUGCCAACAUCAAGCAGUUGACUACGUUGCUUAACGGCGAGAGAUGGAACAAGAAGUUCCGUCGCUCUGAAGAGUUGGUCUUCGUACCCGUUGAUGACACCAGCGAGUAUUUUAAACCAGGAGUCAAUGACGGGUCUCACAGAGGUGAAGGUAACGGCAACAACGAGUCACUCUUGGGCAGAAAACAGUGGCAUUGUUGGAUGUGCAUCACCGGAACGGCGCGUAGAAGCACAGAUACCGAUCUCAUUCACUGCAAUGUAGAUACAGACUUGCAAAUUGAGCCACAGGGUGGAGCUCGGGUAAAUCAUAACGAUGCUGUUCCAGAAACGUUCUACAAAGUUGUCGAGAAUUUCUCUAAUUCGACCAGGAGAUUACAUAUCGUGCCUUGUCACACUGGCUACAAACACCCGGUUAGAGUGCGUCCUGGAUGGGUAGUCAUGCUGCCUGAUGUUAUACUUGAUAAUUUCGACAUUGAGGCGUAUGAGCAAGAACUUCACUCCAAGUCCUAUGUCAAAUUUCGGAACACCUCAAUGAAUGGGCACCAAAAGCUGGUUCCUCAGUACUUGGUUGCGCAGACAUCCGAAAUCGAAACCUUGAGACCCAAAAGUCCCAACUAA